AUGCAGCGAGAAGGUUAUGUUCCUCCAACGGCUGGCGGUGGCGCUGGGUCAGGUUCGACUAGGCCCGGUGGAGCAUAUGGUGAUGUUCCACGACAGACUUCGAUGAAGUAUCUCUGCGCAGAUUGCGGCAAGUCCGUCACUCUCAACAAGGCCGACCCGAUUCGGUGCAAGGAAUGCGGGUUUCGAAUAUUGUACAAGGAGAGAACAAAGAGAAUGGUUCAAUUCGAAGCUAGAUGA